AUGUCGCAAUCUCCGAAGAGACCUACGGCAUCGGGCUCAGCACCUUCUGGUAGCGAAUCACAGUAUGUCAAAGACAACUUCGUGCCUCGCUUUGACAACACCUUGACCGGGUACAAGGAGUGGAGAAAGCGUGUGGUUUUGUAUUCCAGACGCUUGGCGAUCCAGGGCAGGGCAAAAGAAGUCGGAAUGAAUGUCUUAGCGAUCCUAGAAGGCUCCAGCUGGACACAGUGUGAGGACAUAGACUUGAAAGAACUCGAAGAUGAAAACGGUUUAGAUGUCCUUUUAGCACGUUUAGACAAACAGUGGCAGUAUGAUGACCGAGUGGAAACUAGCAACAUUUUCGACACCUUUUUCUUCAAGGUUCAACGGAAGACUGGCCAAACUCUCAUGGAGUAUGUCACAGAGUUUCAUCAAGCCUUGAGGGAAGUCUCACGUCUGAAGGUGUCUUUGCCUGAUGAGAUCACAGGCUGGCUGCUUCUGAGGCGUGCCGCACUCACCAAGGAUCAGCAGCAUCUUGUGCAAACUCAGGUCGGCAGAAACCUCACCCUGAAGAAUGUCGAGCAGAGCAUGUAUCAGGUGUUCGGCCAGGACUACAGGCAGACCUACUUGCCCAACACCAACAAGGCCAAGGGCUUUGCGAAGGGCAAGGGCCGUCAACAUAUCAUGCAUGCUGAUGAUUCAUAUGAUGAUGGGAGUGAAUGGCAAGAAUACUAUGAGACCGACGAGGUCUACUGGGAUGCAGCUGGCGAGUCACCUGACCAUGAAGAAUACCAUGAUCCAAAUGAUGAGACGUGGGAUGAUACCUACUAUGAGACUGAGGAGUCCUACCAGGAUGAAUCGCUCUUUGACAUCCAAGAGUAUGAUGAGGCCUACACGGCCUACACCGAUGCCAAGCAGCGCAUACAGCAGCUUCGUCAGGCCAGAGGCUUUUAUCCAGUUGUGGCUCUCAUGGACAACAAGCAGAUGCCUCUUGCUGCGUCAGGCGCUGGAAGUCCGAAAGGCAAGGGCAAAAAGUCAAAGAAACCCACCGAAGCUCCACCGUAUGCUAAGGGUAAGGGUCCUAAGGCUAGAGCCAAGUCUUUCUUUGGCAAAGAUGUUUGUUUGCGUUGUGGCAAAACUGGCCAUCGAGCGGCCAACUGCACUCAACCCUCGAGCUCUUCGGCAUCGGGCUCCAGCAAGAAGCGUGUCAUUGAUCUUGAUCCCAUGGUGAACAUGGUCUUCCAUCAGCAGUCUUCUUCAUCUGGCGAGACUGAUGAGUUCUUUGAGACUGAAGAGGCCUACGCACAGGGCGAAGCACUGGUGCGAGCUGAUCUCCGAGCCGAAAGUCGAUACGACGAGAUGCAGUCCGAGGUUCAGUUCGCCGAAGAUCCUGAUGAUGAGGUUUUCUAUGAAGUUGAAAGCUACAUCAACGUGGAGGACGACGCCUCUGACGAGAUCUUCAGCAAGGAUGAAGUGGUCGAACGAGACCAAUGUGCGAUGACCAAGACAUGGGUCUGGAUGCAGGGCCAACUGACUGCAACCAAUCGUCGCACAGCAGCUCUGGCGAAUGAAGCUCGAGAUCCUGCUCAACCCAGGAAGAAGCUCAUUUGGGAGGUCUACAGUGGCACAGGUCGUCUUGGCGAAAUGGCUGAACUCAUGGGUGCCGAAGUCAUGCGAUUUGGGCUUCACAACGGUGGGAAUCGAUGCAAGAAGACCGAGAACUACCAAGCAGAGCUUUCCUGGCGCAUUGCCAGGGCUCUCAUGCAUGACGAAGGACUGUCUGAACAGGCUUACGCAGUUCAACAAGAUCAAGAAGUACAAGAGCUUACUGGCAUUCUGCGGAAGCUUGGCACUCAACACAGCCACGAAGCUAUCAGACUGGCCUACAAGCUCCAUCGAAAUCUUGGACACCCACGGAAGGAAACUCUUGUCAAGAUGUUGCAGGCCAAGAAGUGCAGUCCCAAAGUCAUUGCAGCGGUAGAGGCCAUGGAAUGUCCCUAUUGCAACAAGUUCGCGGUCAAGAAACAAUCAGCACCAGCACAUGCAGAAAGACCCACCGAGUUCAACGAGCAACUGCAGGUUGACACCAUGUGGAUUGACCUCAGCUCCAUUGAUGGCGCUCCAAAUACCACAUCAACCACUUCCAAAGGCCGAAAGAUUGCAGUCCUGGUGAUGAUUGACACCCACGUUCGUCGACUUGUGAGCGACGAUGGACUGGUCAAUGGAUCACAGCGUGCCGAACAAGCACUGGCUGGCCUUCGCCAACGACGAGUUGUUCGCACAGUUGACCUACGAAGGAUUAAUCAACACACCUUAGAAGAGUUGGAGCCCGAGAUCAGCUCACCCGAAGAUCAACCAGACCUUCAAGAUCAACAGAUCCAUGAGCCAGAUCAACUACACCAACAACCUGUGCAAGUACCACAACAACCUGUUCCCCUACAACAGCAGCAAGAUCAACAACACCAACAACCUUCUCAAGUACCACAGGAACCUGAUUCCGUGCAACCGGACAUACAACCUCAACCCACAAACUCAACAGCAAAUCCCCCUAUUGAUCCAAGUGACCCACACCCGGAUGACACACUGAUGCCAACCGAGAUUGAAGCACAACUUCCUCACGAAGUACCAGUGCCUCAAGACGAAGAAUUUGAAUCUGAGCCACCUGUGGCUGCUGGCAGUGCACCGCCUAUGCACCUGCGAGAUCCAGCAUACAUACCAGCUCAAGGAGAAACCUUCAGACAACAACGACGUCGCUUUGAACAACAAGAGACCAUCUGGAUGAGAAAUCGCCCUCCGUCUGUUCAUGAACGCCCUGAAGGCGAACAGCAACAGCGAGUCAAGCGUGCACGUCAACAAGAUCAAGAACUUGAGAUGCACGUUGAUCUCUUUUGCGGAGGAGAAGGGCAAGAAUCCACGGCAUUGCCCGAAGGAUGGUACUUUGACUCCAAGACACAAGAGUUCUACCUUGGCGACACGGUGGACUACUGGAGCUAUGAGGAUGGCUUCCUUGUCCGAAACCAUGUUCUCAGCAGAACCCACACUUUCCAGGCUGAAGAAUUUCCAAUUCCUCAAGACCAACUUCAAACCACGACUGGCUUGACUUUGCAGCGUGGAUCAAGACAGGUCUAUGUCAAUGACUCCGAGUCUGUUCAACUGGGACAUGACCAGUGGUUUGGGAAGACACUCUAUCCACUGACCAAGGAAGCCGCUGAGAAUCGAGGCCAAUACUACUUGGGUGACUUUUCCCAGAAGCUUCAGAGUAACCAGACAAUUCGAUGCCGAGGUCAUAUCUGGGCAGCUCAAGCUUUCCCAAAGCGAAAGGCCGUGAAAGAAUCUGCAGAUCUCCGAGAGAGCAAGAUGAGCUUGGAAGAUCGAGGAGGUGACGAAAACCAUGAGCGAUAUCAAGAGGCGAAGCAACGACUGAAGGCCGAAUUCACCUUCAAGCAUUGGCGCGAACAAGGUGAAAAUGAGACGCUGGAGUUCUGUGGAUGUCAUCUCACACCCAGUGAGACUGGAUGGUUGCUUCAUCAGAAAGAAUACAUCGUGAAGAUGAAACCCAUCACCUUAGCAAACGGCAAUCAAGAAGAUCGAGAACUCAGUCCAAAAGAAGUUAGCCUGUUGCGUGCGUUGCUUGGAGGUCUCCAGUGGCCUGCUACCCAAAGCGCACCCCAUCUGUGCGCCAGUGUGAGUCUUCUAUGCGGAGAAGCCAACAAACUCCUGAGAUUCUCCAAGAACAAUGCAGACACUGGACUGAAAUUCACUCAACUUGGAAAGCUCACUGAUCUUUGCAUGGUAGCAUUGAGUGACGCGGCCUGGGGAGUGAGACGCAAUUCCGAGUCCCAGGGUGGAUACUUUGUUCUCCUCAUGCACUCUAAGGUUCUUCAAGGACACAUGGACCAGCCUUAUAUCAUUCUUGAUUGGCGCUCAUUCAAACUACCACGAAUCAGCAGGAGCAGUUUGAACUCUGAAGCUCAAGCGUGCUCAGCUGCCAUGGAUGCCUUGGAGUAUCUCAUGAUCUUUUGGCAUGGAUGCAUGGUGCAUGAUUUUGAUUUGCGCUACCUGGACACUCAAGACAUUGCGAUGCAAUCAGCACUGGUCAUUGACGCAAAGGCGUUGUUCGACAGCAUCAAAGCCGAAGUUCCCCAACUUCAGGGAGACAAACGCACCAAGAUUGAAAUCAUGAUUGUCAAGCAGAAGAUGGACGAAAUUGGCACGAAACUCCGGUGGAUCAGCUCAGAGAUCCAGCUUGCUGAUGGUGUCACCAAGAUUGCGGCGCGACAGCUCUUGGCCGACCGUAUCAGAACACACCUGAUUUCCCUUCAAGCUGAUCAAACUUUUCAGGCAGCAAAACGAAAGACGCAAGCUGAACGACAAGCAUCAGCGCGUCGCAAUGCCAUUGGACGCAUGGUCCACAAAGGCAGCCUGGGCUACGUGGUUUUGACCAACCAGCUUGUGCCAGUUCGAGGUGAAGGUUCUUCACAUGACCAUUUCCUUGACAUCAUCUUCACAUUUUUCAUCAUCAUCUUUAUUUUCCUCAUUUGGCAGUUCUUUCAACGAAUGACAUGGUCCCUGAGGAGCUCUUUUGGCUCAACCAGGACAGUUUCCCCGCUCUUGCAGAGCACCUCGACACAGACCGAACCGGACGGUGAGAUUCCAAAGAUGCGCCAGCACCUGGAAAAUCAACGUCAUCGAAUCAACAUGCUUACCCAACAAGUCCAUGACAAGGACGACAAGAUCACAGAUUUGCAGGAAUGGAUUGACUACUAUCAAGGAGACCUGGCAUCGACACCACUUUGGGUGAGCCGAGCCGGCGAAAGAUUUCAUGUAAGACCAGAAUGUGAUUCCCUUCGGCAUGCCAAUCCCGGUGGCAUCAGAAGGCUUACACUUUGCUCACAUUGCAUCCGAGAUUUGCAUUCGAGCAGCGGUGACUGA